AUGCAGUACUCUGUCGUUGCCCUUCUCCUCCUGGCCGCUGGAACGGCCUAUGCCGACCUCCACAAGGCCGCUGCCUGCGUUUCGAACAGGAGGUCUUCGCCUGUUGGCGGUACUGGCUGGAGUGUCAGCUACAACUGGCAGACCAGCUACGAGGUCCUCCCUGAUGCCACCAAGUGCGCCUGCGACUACUACAAGCAGCGCAACACUGGCAGCAACCAAUGGGAUACCUGCCCUGACUGCACUUUCGACGGUCUUACCUGCAAUUCGGCCGCUAAACACAUUGGUGGCGAUGAGAUGACCUACUACUGCGAGAAGAAGUGCGGUGCUGCCGGCGCUGAGGCCGACUAA